AUGAUUGUUAAAGGUUUCUCGGAGGGCUUAUUGCUCCUCCAGCUGCUGGGUACAUUUGUAUCUGGAGCAAUCGGGUCUUCUACUCCGCUCUACAAGGAUGCUAGUGCACCGGUAGAAAAAAGAGUAAAGGAUUUAUUGGGGAGAAUGACCAUUGAAGACAAGAUGUCGCAAUUGAUGCAAGGAGACAUCACCAAUUGGAUGGACUCGACAACCGGCGCCUUCAACUAUAGCGGAUUGGUGGCGAAUAUGGAGAUGAAGGCGGGCAUGUUCUACGUUGGCUAUGCUAUUCCGUGGGAUUGGCUGGCAGAUAAUAUCAAGCGAGGUCAGGACUAUCUGCUGCAUAAUACUACGCUUGGUAUUCCCGCGAUUGUGCAAACGGAAGGUCUUCAUGGAUUUUUGAUUGGUAAUGCUACCAUCUUCAACUCUCCUAUCGGCAUUGGAAGCUCUUGGAACCCGAGUCUUGUUCAAAAAAUGGGUGAAGUUAUUGGUCAAGAAGCUCGUGCUCUGGGUGCGACUCAGCUUUUCGCCCCCGAAGCUGAUUUAGCCCGUGAACUUCGGUAUGGUCGGGUCGAAGAAACGUUCUCCGAAGAUUCCUUUCUAGCUGGCGAGAUGUCUUAUAGCUACGUUAAGGGUAUUCAGAGCAAGAAUGUAUCGGCUAUGGUGAAGCAUUUCGCAGCAUACAGCAUGCCUGAACAGGGAAUAAAUACUGGACCGGUUCGUGGUGGUGAAAGAGAGUUGCGCACAACAUGGUUGCCAUCAUAUAAGCGCGCGAUUGUGGAUGGAGGAGUGUGGAGUAUCAUGGCUGCUUACUCUUGCUACGAUGGAGUUCCGAUGGUUGCAAACUAUCAAACACUUACUCAGAUCCUCAGAGAAGAAUGGGGCUACGAGGGUUUUGUUAUGACCGAUGCUGGUGGUAGCGAUCGAUUGUGCAGCUAUUUCAAGAUGUGCGAGAGCAAUCCUAUAGACAUGAAUUCUGUCACAGAACAAUUAUUGGAUGCGGGUCUGGAUGUAGAAAUGGGAGGCGGCUCCUUCAACUUUCAAAAGAUUCCAUCAAUGGUCGACUCGGGGAGACUUGAUGUUGAUCUCGUCAAUACCGCUGUGUCAAGAUUGCUGCGGGUGAAGUUUGAAAUGGGUCUCUUCGAGAAUCCAUAUCCUGCUGCACCAGAGAGUCAGUGGACUUCGCUCAUCAACACCCCAGAGCACAAGCAGCUGGCAAGAGAUUUGGACAAGGAGUCGAUAGUUCUCCUGGAGAACCACAACCAAACUUUGCCUUUGAAGAAAUCCGGUACCAUUGCUGUCAUUGGACCCAUGGCUUCAGGUGUCAUGAACUAUGGCGAUUAUGUCGUUUACAAGAGCGAGUACCGAGGUGUCACACCGUUGGACGGCAUCAAAGCUGCUGUUGGUAAUAAAGCCACUGUCAAUUAUGCACAGGGAUGCGUACAGUGGAGUAAUGACCAGUCUGGUUUCGAUGAGGCGGUUGAAGUGGCAAAGAAGUCCGAUGUUGCAGUUGUAGUUGUAGGAACCUGGUCGCGCGACCAAGGAGAAUUAUGGACAGGGCUAAACGCGACUACCGGCGAGCACGUCGACGAAGACAACCUUGAUCUUGUAGGUGCACAAGGUCCUCUAAUCAAGGCCAUUGCCGCCACUGGAGUCCCAACCAUUGUCGUCCUAUCUAGCGGCAAGCCCAUAACAGAUGUCUGGAUCUCCAACAGCACCUCAGCACUCGUGCAGCAAUUCUAUCCCUCCGAGGAAGGUGGAAAUGCACUUGCUGAUGUCUUGUUCGGUGAUUACAACCCAUCUGGUAAAUUAUCAGUCAGCUUCCCGCGUUUCGUUGGAGAUCUGCCGGUUUACUACGACUAUUUGAACUCAGCCCGUGAGAUUACCGAUUCUGGAUACAUCGAGAAUAAUGGUACCAUUGUCUUUGGUCACCAAUAUGUUAUUGGUAACCCUACUCCGUGGUAUCCUUUCGGCUAUGGAAAGAGUUACUCGACCUUUGAAUAUGGCACUGUCACCGUAGAUCGCAGCACCGUCAAGGCGACCGAUAGUACAGUCACUGUGAGCGUUGAUGUCACCAAUACCGAUAAAACGCGCGAAGCGACAGAAGUUGUUCAAGUUUAUAUUUCCGAUGACAUUGCGACGGUGGUUGUUCCGAAUAUGCAACUGAAAGGCUUUGAUAAGGUUGUGAUUCCUGCCGGAAAAACUACGAAGGUGAAAAUCCCAAUCAAGAUCGAGGAUAUUGGACUUUGGAACAGUCGGAUGAAAUAUGUCGUUGAGCCUGGUCAGUUUACUGUAUUGGUUGGCAGCAGCUCUGAGGAUAUCAGAGGAAACACCACCUUCACGGUGAAGGGAUGA